GAAACGAUUGACUGACGGAUAAGUUGGUUAUUACUAGAUCCGCAAAAAAUAUGCGAAAUACAUCACAAACAAACAUUUUGCCAACGCUGGCUAGUGACGGUCUUCAGAAAUUGGCAACUGCCGGUGUGAAAAAGAAAUAGUGGAAUUGGUAAUCCCCAUUAGCAACGACCGGUGCGAAAAUCGGUUGCUAUCCAAAAUAGCAACGGCCAGCGUUGUGAAAAUAGCAACUCAAAUGGCAACUCACCGGUGCGCUCGCUCUUAUAUGGCUUAAAAUAGUGCUUGAUGGCAGAGUCUAUGGCAUAUAGAGUCGCGCGAAGAGAAAAUCUAUCGUUUCGGCAACACAGUUUUUGUGCCGUUUGUUGCCAAGAACUAUACAGUUCUGUUUUUCACCAUGCAUAAGCGAAUAUCAUUUUUUGAAAUUCUUCACAAGGUACACAGUUUUGAAAGAUCACACCGGUGAUGUUUUGUCAAAUUUAAGUGAAUCACUGUACAGGUUUAAUGUUGGAUUAAAAUGUUAUGAAGAACCAUCAUGUAAGAAAUAAACACUCUAGGACGUCAUUUACCCUCUGGACGAUGAAAGAACAAACCUGACGAUAAGAGCCGAUACCCUAUUUUCGAAUCUUGUGCGUUUAAAAAUUUCAAGUCGGCCAUUUAUGGCUUCUACAAUGCGGGUGUGAAUAAGUUUCAUUUCCAAUUUUACAGAAUGCAUCCCAGUAUAGUAAACAAAGACGUAGUCCCACGUCAAAAAUGGAAAAGAAGCUUCGAUAUUUUUCUGGAGGUAAAUAAUGUGAUGAAUCCAGCCCGUAAGCGAUCGUACCUGCUGCAUUAUGCUGGCAGUGACGUGCAAGACAUUUUCUUCAAUCUGCGAGGAGAGAAUGAGGUACAAAUUCCGGAGGAUUCAGACAUCUACAAGCAGUCAGUCAAGCUGCUCGACGAUUAUUUCCUGCCACUCAAAUGCCUGCCGAGAGAACGUCACAUUUUCCGAAAUCUCGAGCAAGGCCCGGAGGAAUCAAUCGAGAAAUUUGUUUUGCGUCUACGGGAACAAGUUAGUCUUUGUGAGUACGAUGCGUGGUUGGAAGAAAACAUUAAGGAACAAAUUUUCGAGAAAGGCUUCUCGGACGAGCUACGAGCGAAGAUUCUCACCAAGGGAAACAUGACGUUGGCACAAACUAUUGAAGAAGGGCGAUCACUGGAAACAAUAGCAAAGCAUCGCAAAAACUUGCAGCAGACAGAAGAGAUUAACCGGAUUGUGAAAUCGAAAGGUGAGUGCUUCUGAUGUGGCCAUUCCGGGCACUACGCCAAUGACGACGAUUGCCCAGCCAGGGACAAAAAGUGUGAGAAGUGUCACUUGCUUGGGCAUUUCAAACGAUGCUGUAAAACCAAAGAUACGAAUGCACGGAAGAGUAAGGAUGGGGAUUCGAAGAAGCGCCACAAGAAGAAACUAAGGCAAGUCGUGACUGAUGAUGAAUCUGAAACUGAAGGAAAUGAGGGUGACGAGACAGACGAUGAAAGUGUCAGCUAUGUAUUUGCGAUGAAUACCGAUAGCAAGCAACUGGCGACCUGCAAGGUGGGUGGAGUACAGCUUGAAUGGAUGAUUGAUUCCGGCGCCGGAGCCAAUGUGAUUGGCGCUGAUGUGUGGAGGUUUCUAAAAGAACAGCAGGUGAAAGUGGAUUUCCAAACGAAAUCGGUUGCUAAAAAGUUGUUUACUUACGGCGGUCAUAAGCUCUCGAUAAAAGGAAUGUUCAUCGCAGAAAUUUCGACCAAAAAGUCUUCCAUCAGCGACAAGGUGUACGUCGUCAAUGAGACAGGUGCCAACCUUCUUGGGAAGAAAGCAGCUACUAAACUUGGAAUACUGAAGAUUGAUACGUCGAUCUGUGCUGUGAAGUCUGCUGCGGAGCAAAUCGGUAAAGUGAAAGGAGUGGUUGUCACUGUCGAAGUAGAUCCGAAAGUUAAACCGAUUCAGCACACUCAAAGUCGUGUCCCAAUUCCGUUGCAACCAAAAGUCGAGAAAGAGCUAGCGAAACUGCUCGAGCAAGACAUAAUUGAAUCAGCUCCUCGUGAUUCCCCUUGGAUAUCACGCUUGGUUGUUCGACCAAAAGCUGGGAAUGCUGAUGAGAUACGCAUCUGUGUUGACAUGCGUGAUGCCAACAAAGCAAUCGUUCCCCAGCACCACCCUCUGCCGACUUUUGACGACAUCAUCCCGCACCUACACAAUUGCAAAUAUUUUUCGAAAAUUGACCUCAACAAGGCAUUUCAUCAAAUCGAACUCGCUGAGGAAUCCAGACCGAUUACGACGUUUGCAACGCACAACGGCUACUUUCGAUAUAAGCGCCUUACUUUUGGAAUGUCGUGUGCUUCGGAAGUCUUCCAAAAUGUCAUCGAAAGAGUACUGAUAGGGAUUGUUGGCGACAAGCAAGCCAUGCACGGAUAAGCAGUGAAAAAAAUUCAUUCCUUAACAACCAUUGUAACAAA